AUGAUCAGACAACGUGCCAAAGGUCAUGUGAUUAGUGGUUACUUCCUGGAGUCGGUGCUUGAUAAAACAAGAAAGAAAUUAUGCUCCAAGAAUAGAAAACGUGUAAUGAUCCUUGAUAAUGAAUUGCGUCAAGAAAUUACUGUACUCGGUGGCUUUCAGUCAUUAAUGAACGAAUUGUUGAAGCUGAUUUCGGAGAGAAAUAAUUUGCCACUUUGUCUUGUUUUACGCGUCUUGGAUGACAGGACUGAAGCAUUAGAUACUGAUGGUGCUAUCAACAGAGCUGCUGAACCGAACAGCUAG